AUGUUGAGUUCCUAUGUUGAUAAUCGUCACAACCUUGAGGAAAUACGUGACAUGAUCAUUGAGCCUGCCUCCUUUCUCACAUCUUGGGUUAUAAAGCCUGGAAAAGAAACUAAAAUCAACUUCAUACUUUCUGAAAAGAUGUUGCCAAUCCUGCUCCUGUUGGCCUUCCCUCUGCUCUCUGAGGCCUUCAUAGUGACCAGAGGGGGCACAGAGACCAGACCACACUCUCUACCCUACAUGGCAAGAAUAGGGAUCUCUGCUGACAACCUUAAGUGGGACUUCUGUGCGGGCUUUCUGGUGCGAGAAGACUUUGUGAUGACAGCAGCUCAUUGUUACAGAGCUAUGUCCUAUGUCAUCUUAGGAGCUCAUAAUUCCACAAUAUCUGAACCCACUAUACAAGUCAUUCCUGUGCAUCAACAUUUCCCUCAUCCGGAGUUUAAAACUGAUACAUUCGACAAUGACAUCAUGUUACUGAAGCUGAAAUACACGGCACAACUGAGCAUGGCUGUGAAGACCAUUGCCCUACCACAGAGUAAGGAUUGGGUGAAGCCAAAGCAGGUGUGCAGCAUGGCAGGCUGGGGAAAAAUGGAUAAUGACAGGUAUUCAGGCACACUGCGUGAAGUAGACCUGGAAGUACAGGAAAAGAAGAUAUGCAACCAAACCUACUCACACUACAAUGAUGCCACUCAGCUGUGUGUGGGAAACCCUUGGCAGUCAAAGAGUGCAGAAAUGGGUGACUUAGGGGGACCCUUGGUGUGUAACAGUGUGGCCCAGGGCAUUGUCAGCCAUGGAUACAAUACAACUUCAACUGGAGUCUACACCAGAAUAUCCAGCUUUGUCCCCUGGAUCUCCAGAAUAAUGAAUGCAUCCUGA